AGGUAAUCGAAGGCGCACCAGCGGCUUUCUUGCUGCAACCUUUGCCCUAGAUCUUUGUUUUUCAUCUUCUUCAGCUCUAGGGUUUCUUGAUCUUCGCUGCCGGAGAUGGCGGAUUCUCCUCUCAGAAGGACUUCAAGGUCUCCGUCCCCAUGGAGAGCCCAGUCAAGAUCGAGAUCGAGGUCAAAGACUCCGCCUAGGGCUAGGUCCAGGUCUCGUUCGAGGUCAAGAUCCUGGUCAAGACACAGGCCAAGGUCCCGUUCAAGGAGCCGGGGCAGAUCAAGUUCUAGAAGUCAUGGAAGGACUGACGUUACAAAUCCUGGGAAUACUCUCUAUGUUACUGGGCUAUCUUCAAGGGUUACUGAGAGGGACCUAGAAGAGCACUUUUCUAAGGAAGGAAAGGUUGCUUCAUGUUUCCUGGUGGUGGAGCCUCGGACCCGUAUUUCCCGUGGUUUUGCUUUUGUUACAAUGGAUACUGUUGAGGAUGCAAACCGCUGUAUCAAGUAUCUUAAUCAAUCUGUACUUGAAGGUCGCUAUAUUACAGUUGAGCAGUCACGGAGGAAAAGGGCUAGAACUCCUACGCCUGGGCACUAUCUUGGUCUAAAAAGCACUAGAGACUAUGGUUAUCGUGGUGAUCGUGGAAGGUACCGUGGUGGUUCAGGUCGUGAUGACUAUAGUUUUCGUAGAUCUCCAAGGCGCUCACCAUACCGAGGUGGUCGGGAUUCAUCACUGCGGCACUCACCCUAUGGUGGAAGGUCUCGGAGGGAUAGAUCAAGGUCCCUCCCUUAUUCUCCUUAUGGCAGUCCAGACAGGAAGUACGCUCGGGGGUCUAGGUGAUGCCACAUGCCAGCAAAGUUUGUUCAGUUUUAUGCCGCAGUGACUUUUCAAGUGUGCACUUAGGAAGUGUGAUAUAUAAUCAUUUUGGUCAAAGAAAUCUGUAGGUUAAUUAUGUUUCAAGACUUUUGUCGUUUGGUGAUCUUGAAGUUAAUUGGAAGCUCAGGGAGAGACAUGCGGAGAAGUGUUAAAACCUGUUUUUUAUGCAGAACGAUUUUAUUAGAUGCUUGCUUUCCAUAUGCAUAUAUUACUGUUUUAAGGAGCCGGGUGUUACAGAAAUCUGCUCAAGAAUAACAUGCUUUGCCAA